AUGGUUGAGCAGUCCGCUGUGCAAUGGGCCCAUCAUCCCCAUAACCCCUUCAACUGGCCCAACAGGAAAAAAUGGAUGGCCAUGUUGACCUCCUGCUGGGUCACCUUUAUUGUCGGUUUGAAUGCCACGUCGAUCACCACCGCGGCUGAAUCUAUCUCGGAGGAAUUCAACCUGGGCAAUGGCAUUUUCGAGUACAACUUCUUUGCCGUGACGGCGUGGAACGCAGCGGCUGCGUUGGUUCCCCUUGCCACUCUUCCUCUGAUGGAAACGUAUGGGAUGAGGAAUGGAUAUGUGACCGCAUACGUUCUGUUCACCAUUUUCUUAAUCCCGCAGGCUCUGGCUCACAAUUUUGCGACCCUGGUGGUCUGUCGGGUAAUCGCGGGCGCCUUCGGAGGUACACUGCAAAAUAGCGCAGAUGGUAUAGCGUCGAACAUGUUCCUAGAGCACAAGGAUCGUGUGUUCCCUUUGACCUUGUACACCUUUACCCUGGUAUUUGGUGUCACUAUGGGACCAGUGCUCGGCGCUGCAAUAGAGCCAUUAGGAUGGAGGUGGGUCUUCUGGAUUGAAUUGAUCCUCUAUGGGGCCUGUAUCCCACUCGUUGUAUUUGGCAUGAAAGAAACUCGGGGACCGAUAUUACGUACCAAAUUCAUGGUGGAGGAAACAUCUCCAGUCGACAAUUCUGAGGCCGUCCGCGGCUUCAAAGAGACCAUUUUGCGAUCAGCGGUGCUCCUCACUACUGAACCGACGGUCACAUCUUUCACUCUCUGGUCAUCCUUCGCUUUCGGGCUUGUGUUCAUUUCCACGCAGUCCAUCCCGAUUGUUUUCAGCGGAACCUAUGCCUGGCCUUCGUAUACCGACGGCCUGGUGCAGGCCUCUAUUGGCAUUGGCCAAAUUGUCGGGUUCAUCGCCUGUUGCUUCCAGAACCGCAUCUACAUCAACAGCGCUGCUCAUAACCCGGAGGCUCUGGGUACUCCGAUCCCCGAGUACAUCCUCCAUUUAUCUAUCCCCAGCACAGCCGUUGCGCUUGCUGGUGGGUUGUUCAUGUACGGCUGGUCGACGGAGCAAACGCACUGGAUUGUACCGGCGAUUGCACUCGGUCUGAUCGGGUACUCUAUCAUGAUUAUUGUUACCGCCGCCAGCAUCUACGUCACGGACUCGUACGCUGGGUUCGCGGCCAGUGCCAUUGCUGCUGUGGCCUUUGGCGAGAAUACCUUUGCGGCGUUCCUUCCGCUGGCCGCGAAGCCCAUGUAUGUCCGGUUGGGGUAUCAAUGGGCCAGCAGCCUGUUGGCGUUUGUGGCGGUAGCAUUAACUCUGGCUCCUAUGGUGUUGCUGUGGAAGGGACGGACGAUUCGUGCGAAGAGCAAAGCGAUUCAGAAAAUGUCAUAUUCAUAA